CGAGAUAUGCAACAAGUACAUUUUUUGUGCCAUAAUAUUAAAAAGCUUAGUAAUUAAAAAGCAGACUGUUGCCUCAGUCAGACUGGCUGUGAAGUGAUUACUAAUUACAAAAAAAAAUAAGAAAGCGAAAUGUGCUCGUGUCUAGCGAAAAAUAUUUUGGUCGGAGUUAAUUUAAUAUUAACGGUCGCAAGCAUUGCUAUAUUAGCCUUGGGUGUAUCAAUAGUGACCGGAUACAAAUACUUUCAGGAAGAGAUAUUUAAUAUAGAACUCGACAUAGGUUUUUUGCCAACUUUUCUCAUAACUUUAGGUGUAAUCGCGUUUAUCAUAUCCUUCUCUGGAUGUUGUGGAGCAAUCCUCGAGUCAAUAUGCAUGCUAAAAACGUACGCCGUUUUUAUGGGUAUAUUAGCUGUUUUAAAAGUAGCUUUCACUAUAUUCCUGUUUAUGAAAAAUUCUGAAUUGUCUGACGGUGUGCAAAGGGUUAUAGAUGAAAGCUUUUCAUCAGAUCCCGGCCAAAAUUUACCAUUUCAUGGACUUGAGUCUACUUUCAAAUGUUGCGGCACUACAGGUCCAGAUUCUUACAUCAACGACUACAACUUGACAUCGCCAACGUGUUGCGAAAAGUUUAAUGAAGACCCAACAACUACUGAUGAUGCGAAUAGGAUUUGUACAAAAGACGAAGCCUAUCCACAAGGGUGUUCUCAAUUAAUAAGAAAUUUAUUUUAUGACACACUUAAAAUAGUUGGUUUUAUCCUGAUAGGGUUUAUAGUUUAUGAGAUCCUGACAUUGACAUUUGCUUUGUAUGUCGCCGCAACGAUACAAAUGAAAAUAGUCGGCACAGAAUAUUACUAAGUAUAAUUCAAUGAGUUUGCGAGUAUGCGAGGUUGAUUAGGUUAUGGAUAAUUUAACAUGUUUCAUACGAAAUAAUAUGUUCAAAUGUGAGCCAGUUAAAACCGGACGGCACCUAAUGAAACAAGCUCUUAAUCUCUGAUAUAUCAUAUACAUUACAAAUA